CAUAAUGCAGGCUUUAGCCAGCAGAGGAUCAUGAGCAGCUGAAAGUGGAGAUCUGACAGAAGGGUAGUAUGGGAAGGCAGAGGAAGAGGGUGGUGACAGGGGAGGCGGGUCCCGUCCCAAGGAAAGAUGACAAGCCCUCUGCGUUUCAUCGGAAGGAGAAGAAAAAGAAAGCUGACAUUGGGAAAAUGUUCAUCAACAUCUCUAUUGGUCUCUGCAUAUUCAGCCUCAUCUGGUUCUUCUAUGCCAUCUACAUGAGAUCGAGUCUCGCUAAGCAGGUGGUAACCCUGCACCCGUCACCUCGUGUCCUGGAUGCCAAUAGCAGCAGCACGGAGGUUUCUCCGGAAAGGUUUUGGGGUUCAUACAGGCCUCAGGUCUACUUCGGGAUGAAAACGAGGAGUCCAAGGUCAUUAGUGACGGGGAUGAUGUGGAUGCGUCAGUUUUCCGAAGUGGACAUGAACCUUAGGCACACUUGUGAGCAGGGGGACCACUUACAAGGCUACGGCUGGCUGAUGCACGAUGGACUCACCUUUGGCGUCCAAGAAAUCCAAGAUAAUGAUGUCACACUUACCACAGAGUUUGUGAAAAGGAGGGGAGGGGAUCACGGAGGAGACUGGACCUGGAGGAUCACAGCCAAACAGCAUAGUUUUGCCCCCCAGGCACCUGUUAUAUCCCUGAUGUUUUACGCCGCAGCGGACACCCAAGGCUCACUGCAAGCUCAUGUGGAGGAGAGAAAUCGUCUCGCUUCCAUCACCGGCUCCUCAGAGGAGCUUGGGAACUUUAAAAUCACUUUUGGAAAGCCUGUUACAGGGGAAUUGUCCAGCGCUAAAUAUGCCAGCUUCAACUUCCUUCAGACCGUCUCUCCCGGCUUGGAGAAGCUGACCGACAUCGUGAAGCUGAGCCUGAACCGCAGGUUCGUCUACACCUCCCCCUCUGGGGAGAAAAGGCAUUAUAUAGCCGUCGAUACCUACAAGCCCCCCCACCACCAAAACCAACAGAAACCUGCAGACGCGAGGAAAGAGGGUGACUUUGUUGUUCAUCAGGUGACGGUGCAAACACCGUUCCAGAUUGAGGUUCUGUUUGAGUCUGGGAGCUUCUACGAUCGCCACAACCAGCUGGUGGGCUCCACCAUGACUCAGGAGCUGGAGAAGAGGAAAGCUGAGUUUAACGCAAAGUUCGACAAGAUUUUUGGGCUCGAGAGCAAAGGUUAUAACCAGCCACAGAUUAAAUUUGCCAAAGCAGCCCUAAGUAACAUGUUGGGAGGAAUGGGUUACUUCCACGGCCAGUCGGUGGUACAGUCGGUCUAUAAUGAAUACCCGCUGCUGUAUCCCGAAGGGGCUUUGUUCACGGCUGUCCCAUCACGCUCUUUCUUUCCCAGAGGCUUCCUCUGGGACGAGGGCUUUCACCAGUUACUGCUGAGUAAGUGGGAUCCCCAGGUAACAAGAGAGGCGAUUGCUCACUGGAUCGACCUCAUGAAUAUGGAGGGCUGGAUUCCCCGGGAGCAAAUUCUUGGAGAUGAGGCUCGCAGUAAAGUCCCAGCUGAAUUUGUUGUUCAGCGGAACGAGAAUGCAAAUCCACCCACUCUCUUCCUGGCUCUUCAGGAACUCAUUGAACAGCUCUCCACACAUCCAGAUGAGGCAGCAUCGCAGCCGACCCUGCCUUUCCUCAGACGGCUCUUCCCGAGACUGAAAACCUGGUUUGAAUGGUACAACACCACGCAGACGGGGCCCCAACCCAAUUCCUACCGUUGGCGGGGCCGCGACAAGGACACCAAUCUCUUCCUCAAUCCUAAAACCUUAACGUCCGGUCUAGACGACUACCCACGGGCCUCGCACCCCUCGGGAGACGAGCGACACGUGGAUUUACACUGCUGGAUGGCUUUGUCUUCAGGCAUCAUGUCCAGCAUCGCUCAGCUGCUCGACGAGCCCCAUCGGGAGUACGAACGCACACACGACCUCCUCAGCGACAACGACCUGCUGGGCGAGCUCCACUGGUCGGAGCAGCUCAGAGCUUUCAGCGACUACGGCAACCACACGGAGGUCGUGUCUUUGCAGCGGGAGAAGGUGUACGUGCCUCCCGGACAGCCGCGUCACCAGUUCCCCGUGGCGCGCCUCGUGCGCUCCGUCCGCAAGGCCCCUAAGCUGCAGUACGUUAACGCUCUGGGUUACGUUAGCUUGUUUCCCUUCUUGCUCCAAAUCCUCAAACCGGACUCGGCCAAACUGGAACACAUCCUCAGAGACAUGAGAGACUCCAAUAAGCUGUGGACGCCCUACGGCUUGCGUUCUCUCUCAAAGGACGACCCGAUGUACAUGAAGCGAAAUACAGAACAUGACGCCCCCUACUGGAGGGGACCAGUAUGGAUAAACGUCAACUACUUGGCAGUCAGGGCCCUUCAUCACUAUAGCAACACGGAAGGGCCAUACCGAGAGAAGGCAGCUGCUCUAUACGAGGAACUAAGGACUAACAUCAUCAAUAAUGUUUAUAAGCAGUAUGUUGAAACAGGGUAUAUCUGGGAACAGUACAAUGACAGCAGUGGGAGGGGCCAAGGAAGCCACCCGUUCACCGGUUGGUCGGCCCUGACGGUGUUAAUGAUGGCUGAGCAGUACUGAGUCUCCAUUUGAACCUUUUUUCUUUUUUUUUUUUUUUUUUUUUAAAGAUUAUGUAUGGCCAUUAUUGAUGUAGAUGUGAUUGAAGCAACAUUGACUGCUAUUGAAUAAUCUUGAAAUAUUGGCUUGGUAGCCCUUUUAAUUAAUAAAUGUUUUUACAUGUGCACAUUGAAGUGAAUCUCAAACAAGCUUAAGAGCAGCUACCCUGUUUUUGCUGUAGAACCCGAGCACUGUCUAGUAUAGUGUGUGUGUGUGUAUAUUUUUUAUACAUACAUACAUGUAAUAUGUCUAUUUUUUUUCAGGACAUUCACUAAUUUAUGCCUUUUGAUUUAUCACCAUUGAAAGUUGAAAAGUGAAUACAGAUGUUUAUAUUUCUUUAAAUUCCACGUCUGCUUGGCAAAAGGAGGAUUUAUUCUUUGAGAGUAAAUCUCGGUCAAAUAUAAAUUGAUGACUUUUUCUUUGUUUUAUUUUCUGUUACAAGUUUUUGAAGCGAUUCAAGUUGUGCUUUCACUCUCAAAAAUAAGGGCCAUCAUCUGUUAUCGUGCCAUUUUUCACAGUAACCCCAUCUUUGACAUUUUUGGUAAUACCAUUUUUAUAUUUUUUAAAUCACAUAUUUGGCAAAUUUACUGUACACCGCCUUUGGUUCGACUGGCAACAAAUACAAAACUGACUGUGAUUUUGGAUUUGUUUUGUUAAGAUCAAUAAAUUGUUCAAAUAUUUGUCAAACUGUGUGUGUGUGUGUGUGUGUGUGUGUGUG